UAUAUUAAAACCCCAAGUGUGUUCGGAGCUCUGAGGGAUGUAGAGGACUUCCUAUUCCUGCAUGAAGACAUCUAAAAAUGUAUAUAUUUUCAUGUUUAUCAUCAGUAUCACUUCCUUAAGAAGUAAAGUGUGGUAUGGGCACAGUGCGUUCAGUCUUUUCUUGGCUGUCAUUGUGAAAUGAUAAAAGGUGUGGGAUUGCUGUUACUACUUGGAGCCAUGCAAGGUUCCAAUUCACACACUAUCCAUGUCACCCAGGCCCCCAAAGUAAAGGCUGAAGAAGGUAGCACAGUCACAUUAAACUGUAGCUACUCCACCAGUAUCUCAGUGCUGUCAAAUCGCCCUUGGUUGGAAUGGCACAGGCAUGUGCUAAAUGGAAGCAAGGUUUCAAAUACAGAAGGAGAUUUCAUGGGCAGAGUUUCUAAAAGUACGCCAGAAGAUUUCUUGAGUAAAAAAUCGGCUGAUGUGACAAUUCACAAUGUUGUCCAAUCUGACACCGGCAUGUUCAUAUGUGUAGUUUAUAUACGUAUAGAUAACACAAAUAUAUCAUCAGGACAUGGGAAUGGAACAUUACUUGAAAUAACAGGUAAUCAUGUGCAUUCAAUGUGUCUUGUCAAGGAUCACAGCAAAUGUAAACUCAGGAUGGAGAUUUGAAUCUCUGUGGAGUUUGUUGAUGAAAACGUGUUGUGAAAAAGGUUAACUAGCAAGGGCCUCCUGCCAUAAGCUGUCCCUUUCUAGCGGAUAGUUACAAUGGUUACAUGUUAUUGAAAAAAUAAUAAUAACGUAACUAUUUGUCACAUCUGUGCCUACAACUGUG